CCACCAUGACAGACUAAUAAUAUAUAUCUCAGUUUUUCGUUCCAAAUGAAUUGACAUUUUGAAGAGUCACCACCAUGACAUAGACUAGUAAUAUAUGUCUCAGUUUUUCGUUCCAAAUGAAUUGACAUUUUGAAGAGCAAUUAAUAUGAUUGCUCUGUGGAAAAAAAAAAAAAUACAGGCCAUUAAAUUUAUUGGAAAAAAGUUAGUUGCCUUCCAUAAAGGUAAACCAGAGUUAUGUAUGAUUAUGAUACUUCUACAAGAAACCAAUCUCCUCCUCCUCUUCUUCAAGCUUCUCCUCGUCGUCUCGACGAGGACGAGCAACGUCAAUCGUGGAAACACGACGUGUUUCUGAGCUUCAGGGGUCGAGACACUCGCAACAACUUCACCGCCCACCUCUGGUGCGCCCUGAACCGAAGAGGGAUCAAGGCGUACAAAGACGACAACGAGCUGGUGAGAGGAGACUCCAUCGAGCCAUCGCUGUUCGAGGCCAUCGAAGGCUCGAGGUUCUCGAUCGUCGUGUUCUCGGAGAACUACGCGUCGUCUCCAUGGUGCUUGGACGAGCUUGUGAAGGUGGCCGAGUGCAGGAGGCCGUUGGGGCACACGGUGUACCCGGUCUUCUACGAUGCGGAUCCGACGGACGAGGACUACCAAGAGAGAGCAUUUCGUGGUCUUCCUGGAAAUGGUGUUUCUGAGGAAGAUCUGAGGGAGAAGGUGAAGAUAUGGAAGGGAGCUCUUAAUGAAGUUGGCGGGAUAUCUGGAUGGGACGCCAGAAACAAGGAUCAAGCAGAGACAAUCACCAAAAUUGCUGAACACAUAUGGGACACACUGAAGCUCACGCCACAAACCAUCAUCGAAGAAGACUUGGUGGGACUAGACUCACGUGAGAAGGAGGUCAGCAAGCUCAUAGACGGAGCUCACCUAGAUUCCAAUGAUGUUCGUAUCAUUGAAAUUUGUGGCACGGGUGGCAUCGGCAAAACAAAGCUAGCCAGAGUUGUUUACAACAAACAACAAGCCCGAUUUCCAGGGAGAUCGUGUUUCCUUCCCAACGUCAGAGAAUCCAUCGAAAAUCACGGGACCAAACACCUCCAAAAACUUCUCCUCUCGCAGAUUCUGCCAGAAAAGAACAUCAGCGACGAGGAGGAGGAGGGAAAGAUUCUGAUACAGAAUCGCUUGCACGACAAGGCUGUUCUCAUCGUUCUGGACGACGUGAGCCACCCCCAACAGCUCGAGGCGUUGGUCGGGAAGAAUUGGAACUGGCUCGGUCAAGGAAGUCGACUCAUCAUAACGAGUAAAAUGGAACUGUUGGUAAAGAGUUAUGGAUAUUCGGGCAGUGAUGAUGAUGUGCGCGACGUCGCAGAAUCUGCUCCGAUCGCGAAAAAGUACACAACAACGUGCAAAGUGUAUAAUCUCGAGAAACUGAGUGAUAAUGAAAGCCUGAGGCUGUUCAGUCAGAAGGCCUUCAACCAGAGAGAGCCUAGAGAAGGGUACGAAGAGCUUUCCAACCUUGUUUUGGGGUAUUGCCUAGGGCUUCCAUUGGCAAUUGAAGUUUUGGGUUGUUUCGUCCGUGGGAAGAGCAAAGCCGAGUGGGAAAGUGUAAUCACAUUGCUGAAGGAAAGAGCAAAGCCUGAGGCUGUUCAGUUUGACCGCGGUGUUUUCGAAGUGAUUAAGGUAAGUUUGGGUGGCCUAAGCAAACAUGAGAGGAACAUGUUUCUAGACAUUGCAUGUUUCUUUAAGGGGAAGGAUGUCAGUGAUGCCAAGAGGAUACUCGCCAGCUGUGGGUUCAGUGUCGACAUUGGAUUGAAAAUCCUUUCUCAGAAGUCCCUCCUCGUGAUUUCAAAUGGCAAAUUGGAGAUGCAUGACUUGUUGCAAGAGGUGGGCAGAGAAAUGGUGAGGAAGAAAUUUCCCAACAAUCCGGGGAAGCACAGUCGUCUGUGGAGUCGUGAUGAUGCUUUUCAUGUCUUGGAUGAAGCAACUGGGGAGAAAAAGGUAAAGGCUAUAGUGUUGGAUCUUCCCAACAAAGAUGGUGAGCAAUUACAGUGCGAUAAGAAGGCCUUCUCAAAAAUGUCCAAACUGAGGUUGCUCAUCGUGCAUAAUGUGGUGUGUAAUCAAGGCCCAAAAGAUCUUUCAACUGAGUUGAAAUUUCUUGAUUGGGAUGGCUACCCUUCAAAGUCCUUGCCAACUUCUUUCAGACCAAAAAAUCUUGUGGAACUUAGCUUGACCAACAGUAACAUCAGGCAACUUGGUUGUGGGAAGAAAAAGGAUUUCAGCAACUUGAAGAUCAUGAACUUGAGCCACUCCCACAACCUGACCAAAACUCCAGAUUUCACUGCCAUGCAAAAGCUGGAGAGGCUGAUCUUAGAGGACUGCACCAGCCUGAGUGAGAUCCAUCCAUCGAUAGGAACUCUUCAAAAGCUCAUCCACCUGAAUCUCAGUGGCUGCAACAAGAUCACCAAGCUCCCAAUUGGGAUAAUGGAAUCUCUACAAGAACUUCUGCUAGAUGGAACAAACAUUCAACAACUCCCUGAAUCCAUAUGCUCCUUCGGCAAACUAUCGACGCUGAGCCUCAAAGAUUGCAAGAGCCUCCACGGUGUCCCGAAGAACAUUGCCAAUUUAUCAAACCACUUGAAGAUUCUUGAUAUCAGUGGAUGCCCCCAGCUUGACAAGGAGCAGAUAGAAAACACUUUAAACUGCUUGAAGAUUCUUCAUUAAAGUCAUGCUUGAUAAAAUUUGGAUGGCGUAGUGAUCUGUUUGUCGCUUUUUAGUGCAGAUCCAUCAUAUUUUAACUGUAAACGUCAUUGAUGUCAUGCUUUAUAUCUCAUGAUAUUGAUCUAGACGUAAAAUAUGGUAUAGCAUGUACAAUAUAUUCGCGUAUAUUUCGUGUACGUGCCUAUAAUAGGUCGCUUAUUUCAUAAUAAAAGGAAGUACGUGCG